CGCCCACGGCGAUGUUAGUACAAGAGGUCAUCCCAAGCUAUUUAUCGCUACAGCUGUGUAAUCAGCCCUGGCCAGACAGCCUCGCUCGUUACAAUUCGCUGUUCCUUCACCUGAAUCACCCUGUGUGUAGAUGCACGAGACCCACCACACCGGCUGCUUCAUCUUAGGCCUCCAGCAGUUCCGCCUGUCGGCACAACAUUUGGGCCUGAGGGCCGUGUGGAGGUAGCGGCUCUCGUAUACUGAUGGUCUACUCACGCAGAUGGUCUGGUGUUCGCACUGCGGCGCACCUGUGAUCAACAAGAACAUGAAGUUGCGCCGUAGACAUGCGCAGUCAGCAGAAUCAGCUUUUGCGAAACCAGCAGGUAGAACUCUGUCAGUCUCAAUCCAAAGGGAGGAAGACCAAGUGUACGUUUUAUGUAAUGGUCGACAACAUCUACUGACUCUAACGAUAUUCCAAAAGAACCUCUAUGCUUGAGUUAUGUAUGACUGUACGUGUGUGUGUGGUCGUGUGCGUAUUCGUGUAUUUGCGGUCGUGCACGUGCGCGCAAGUGUUAUGCACGUGUGUACACACACUAUAUUUGUAUGCACAUGUGUGCACUUGUAACCUCUGUGUGUGUGCUUGUUGCGUGCUGUUUGGUUGUAUAUUGAACCUUAGAAGCUGAGGAUGUUUUUGGGGGUGUGACGAUACAUGUAAAUAACUCACAUCCACGAGAGCACGAAAAACCAUCGUGUUUGCUUUUACAGAGAAGAUAGUCUUUCAGUGUAUCUCAAUCUCUUUAGCCAGCAGGCGCGCUCAAGCGGAACGUGUCUGUGGAGCCAAAUCUGACGCGGACCAAUGAUUUCUACUAGAAUUACCACAAAGUCGCGUCCUGAACUAGACAAGGCAGUCCAAACUGUUCCGACCCCAUUUUCACUAAAACAGGAGCCUGGUCUUCUUUUCGUCAGCAGAGGGAAAUGUUAUAUCACAACAGGGGCUUCGUCUUGCCAAACUUUCUCCUGGGGAGUGGGUGGGAUUUAUCAACGUUCCACGCUGUUAAAGCUCACACAGUGCAAGGUGAAGGACUUCACCUCGCCGAGAAAAUGGGCGGAACUCUGCCUGCACAAAUAAAAUAAGUUUGUCUUCAGUGCAGCUCCGGUUUUAAAGUGGCUGUUCGGGAUCAACGUUCGUAGUGGCUGCUGCAAAUUUCUGAUUGAGGCCAGGCACCGCCUGCAGUUUUUACGGAACCCAGCGUGCAAUUCGAGUCAGGUGGAAAACGGUUUUUUGACGCGUUAUCGCGUGUCUUCAACUGACUACAGUCAAGAAACGGGAGGGUGUGUGUGCGUGUGUGUGCUACAUGAGGAAGGGGGAGAUAGGGUGGAGAGGAGGAGCCCUGCAUCCAGUGGCGGCAGGCGCAAAACUCUGACCAUUUCCAGCUGUCAAAGAGUGGCGGCAUGAAGGUUUUCAUACACCCACCCCGCGCUCACGGCGCCACUCAAAUGUUUCUGAGACUCAGGGGAGCGAAUUUCUUGGAUCGCAGUGUUAAUGGUUUUCUGUCAGGACCGUGAGGCCUGCACUGAACAGGUAGCUUGUGUGUAUUCUCACAGAUGGCAUGUCAAACAACUUGCUUAAAUGAAGCCUCGAGGGAAGAAGUAGUGUGUGCACGGAUUUGCAACCUGUACGCAUCCAUUUCAUCCGCUUCCUGCGCGAUCUCUUGAAGAUACUUCCACAACUCGAAAUAUGAAUCGUUUUGAUGUUUUCUUGGGCAACAGCGAAUGAAGUUUAGAGGAAGCGUUUUACUAAGUACCCACGAUGCCCCUGUCUGGAAAUCAUCAGUGUUAGUAGGCUGAAACAGGAUAAUAAAUGUUGCAGAAGGGCCAGUGUUGAUGAGUGCUUGACUUCACCACAGAUUUCAGAGAACCAGCUGCAGAUGCUCCCGCAAGGACUGUGUGAGGUACAAGGUGGGAGGUGAAAGGGGAAAUCUGAUUUCAACUUGAUUAGAGGGACGCCUGCAAACUACAAGCAGCCACUUUUCGAGAACUGGAAGGUAACUACACGUUUCAACUUCCUGUGCACCUGCACACCUGGAAUGUACAAGCAGUAAUUGGUUUAGGGUGCCUAGCACGGUGUUUCUUUAAAAAAAGGUGGUGGUGGCGACGGAGGGACCACCCGUUUCAUCGUACUUCUGUAGCCGGUGUCUACCCCUCUGCUCCAGCUGCAGGUACCUGUGCUAGGCGAGAACACAAUGGUUAUAACGGGCCGGCCGCGGGCGCACUCGGCGUCCUCCAUCAAGUUCAACCAGGUGAGCAGCGGCGGCGCCGUCGGAUCAGGAGCAAAACUUUCUUACAGCAGCCCUGAGCUACGGUCCAUGCUGGUUGGUUUGGAGACCACUGUACCACAGAACCUCAACCGUCGGGACCUGGCCUCCCGACACAAGCCACACCGCAUCAAGCGCCGCAAGAUGGGCAGUCGCGCGUCGCUGGCCACCUCAACGCAGCAAGGUUGUUGCGAACGCUGCUGUGGUUGCUGCGGCAGUGACGAUGACGGUAGCGGCGGUAAAGGAAGCUGUGGUGGCUGCUGUCAUGUCCGCAUCUUCCUGGUGCUGAUGCAGAUGCUUGUUGGAGCGGCCGUGACAGCUGUGUCAGUUUACCUCUACCUCUUUGUACCAGUCUUUCCGCUUCGUGAAACACCGUUCUGGGCGGGUGCACCGUUAUGUGCCGCUGGAAUACUUGGCAUAUAUUUUUGCGCCACAAACUUCAGGGAAUAUUCGAAGACAAGAAAGGCUUUUGUUUUAAAGGUUCUUUGCUCGCUCUUUUCGGGACUCGGACUGAUCGUGUGCAUCACUGCAGCCAUCUUCAUCGCCAUUCACCUCGGCCGCAUCUUCACCUACAUGUCGUGCCAGCAGUCUGAGGACGGGUGCCACUGCUACCUGCCUCAAGACGACCGCUCGCCCCGCGUUGUGGCCUACCUCAGCCUGCCCAGCUGUUCUGCCGUGUUCUGCGAAGUGAAGAUCUACCUCAUCAUCACCGGCUCGCUGUGCCUUAUCGGGAGCUUCUUCUCCUUCUGGUUCCUCAUCCUGCUGUGGAAAGCCAGAUACGGCCGCUUCUAUUCCGGUGUGCGGUUACCAUCCAUUCGCAGACGAGACAAUGUUUCGGAUUAUUAAUUAACUCUUUGCGUUGUCGUGCUGUACAGCAAAAGAACUUUACCCUGCACUACAUGUAGGCACAUUGAUCAUUGUAUUUCAUGUGCAGUCUGGCAGAUUCUCAAAGAACGAAAAAUUUGUGUCCAGAGUUGUCAUUUGCUGAGUCGCUUUAUUGUGAACAAUCGUAUCAUUUGAAAACAGAGUUUGCUUUCCAAGAUUCUAGCUUAAUGGGUUUUUUAACCAUCUAAAGUAAAACUAACUACAAGCACUUUUUAAACAAAAUUAUAUAAUUAACGUUUAUGUCUUCACAAACUCGCACCUAGACUAGUCAUCUGAAAUAGCGAUCGGAUUGGAAAGUUUAUGAUAUAUAUAAAAAAAGAGAACAAGCGUGCAAGCAAAGGAAUAAUACCAUGGGAAUACUACUGAACUGUUUAUCUGAGGUCAUGCCAGUGGACUAAAAUAUCAAUGAAUGUCGCACUGAAUAUUUGUUGACGUGUCAGCAUUUCCUGGUGCAAAUAUUGUUUUACUCUGAUAUCUCUGAGAACAUUUCCUGAUAUGAUUAAGUGGUACAUCGAGUCAGAUUGUGAUGCUUAUUACUAUUACACGCUACAAGAGGAAUCUUCCAGAAUUGUUUCCAAUCUCAGGCAUUCAUACCCAUUCAUUUAACACGUUUUCAAACAAAAUGUAAAAUGUAAAAUGCAGGGAGUUUCCAUACAACAUUGAAAAGUAUUACAUUUCAGAUUGUUUCCGAAUCUCAGGCAUUCACUCCCAUUCACUUACCUAACAAUAUUUUCAUAGCACUUCCUACAAAAAAUUUUAAUGUAAAAUUUGUCUUACAUCGUGAGUUUGCACCACAAAAGCAUGUUUUGUAACUGCUGUUUUGUUUUAUUGCAAAUAGCAAAAUAUCUUUUUAUGUAGACACAGACGAAUCUAAUUCAUGUAUUGAUCAGACAGAGUCAUAUUUUAAAACAGUAUAUUUAUAUUUUUGAUUUUAUAUGAGUAAUUUUGCUACUUUAUAUUCAAAUGUCCGUAAGCAUGCAGAUACUUGCACUGGUCUUAAACAGACGUGUCCUCAUUCUGAACUAUUGAGGUGGAACAUAGCUUCUACGCUUCAAAGUCAUCCUUCCGAAUGUUUACUGACAUAAAGCAAACUGAUAGAACUGUCACCUGGCAACAUUUAUUCUGAAUGACAGGCUAGCUGACUGUUUUGCUGUCUAUGGUUAUCAAUUAUGGCAAAGACUAAAAUUGCACUACGCAAGUGCGUGCUCACACACACGCGCGGCUGUACUUACAUUGUUGAAGACCGUACGUAUUAUGGGUGUUGAGAGAUGUAUCAAACUUAGAAGGAAAGAACUCGGUGACUCAAGCAACUAUAUAACAAAAAAAAUUUCGACAUUCAGGGUACAGCAUCGUAAUUUGAGAUGUUCGAAAUAAACAGGAUGGAUACCUAGCAAUAUCGCUUAUCGUUUCAUCCUCAGCUUGAAACACCUCGUCCCUCCCACCCCUCCUCCGACUCUAUUAUACCAUCCAUCUUUUAGCUCCAAAUGAGCUCAAUUUCAAGUAUGAGUACAAGUGAUUCACUGUUUUGCUAUAACCGAAGCCAAGGUUUUACUAAUUAAUAUUGAGUCAAACGAAAUAGACGAUCGAUAAUUGACGGUAAAAUCACAGUUGGAUGACUGCAGGACAUAUCACCCAGGCGACGCGUGGAGCUCUAGCUAGUGAACGGAUAAUUAAGGAAAUAAACUCUACUGCAAAGGACAGUUGAAUUAAUAACAACAACUUGUUUUCAUCUAAACUGCAGAAAAACACAACAGUAGAAGCAAUACCUACAAGCAUGUUUGCUUAUGUGUAUUUUCAAACAUUUUGAUCACGGAUAAGCAGAAAGUAUAAAAUUGUUAUAUAGUCAUCCACCUUUGUGACAUAAACAUGCAAACAGUCACAACUACCACUAGAUAUACAAAUUGACAGAAUUGUUCUUUCAAUACUUACUUUCGGUUGUUAAAUUAUGAGCAUCAGAAACUAGUGAUGUUUGUGUUAAACAACAGUUAAGAUUCGAAGUUAGAAAGUCCACCCCAUUGUGUCUAGUGCUUGGAGAGUGUGGCCGCUUCCAUGUUAGUCUUCUUAUUAAAAGUAGAAUGUUCAUUUUUGGCGUAAAUUGAUUAAUGGCAAAUUCAACAAUAAGCUGUCAAGUGGGGUGUUCAAAAUGGUUUCUAACUUUAAAUGAAAAAAAAGAACAAUCCAAGUAUGUUUAAAAAUACUUCGUCCUUUCUCAUGGUUAUCUCCCUUUACUAACAUUUAGGCGAUUGAACAAUUGUUUUGCCGACGAAUAAAUGUUAAUGAAAAAUGAGAUUCAUAAAACUAAAAGGCUCUAUAGACUCUGUAUCACUAAAGAUAGAGGGGAGGAAUUUCACUAUCUAUUAAAGUAGAAAUUUGCUGACCAGCAUACACUUUACUACAUGUACUCACAAUAUAUAUAUAUCUAAUUAAUGUUUGUAAGUUCUAUUUCUUUAUUAACUUCAACAAAAAUAAAAAGAUCCUCACUAGAUUAGCUCGAUUUGUUAAGCUAUUACUGAGGACAGUGACCUAGAAGAAUUAACACAAUGUAAGUGAGUAUGCGAUCGGGUGCGCGUGUACGUGUAAGUGGAUCAAUAAAACGAGAGAGAAAAACAGAAACAUCCCCUCAAGAUA